AUGUCGCCGCUGGUUGGCCCGAAGGACACUAAUGCUCUACUAAGUUCAGUUCCGACACUCACAGCGCUGCAUGGUAAUGUAACUUCCAGCCCCAACAUGGAAAACAUGUCUUCAAGUAGAUCGCCAAGAGAAUCCAUUUUUUGCAGUGUUGCAUCGUACCCAAAGUCCUUUUUGGACGCUUACAACGAGGACAUCUCGCCUAUGGCCUCCAAAGACGGCGAACUGGGUCACAACGGGCCUGAACAAGAACAGCAAAGCACUGUUACGAAUGACUUCAAUUCGCACGCUGUUUCUUUCGGCAAACGCUACAAGAUGAGCUUGACGCUCAAACCACGCGAAAUCGAGCUCGCAAGAUUGUCGUGGUCGAUCUUGCUCGACAAUGAGUGCUCGAACGAGAAGUACGAAACUUUCAUCAACAAAUCACUGAAAAAGCGCAAAAACGGCGCAUCGCACCCCACACAAAAUCCACAAUUCUUUCGCACCGAAGGCAGCAAUACCGCCAUUGCAGGCAAUGACACUUGCUCUAGUUUUCUAUUUGGAACUCAAUUUCUUGCGAAUAUAUUAGAAUUGGCUCCCGAACUUCACGACGCAUUCCCGACCCUCAAACAUGCAGCUUCUGCUGUAACGGGGGUCCUCAUGGCUGCUGUCAAUAACCUAGAAGACCUUUCGGUGCUAGACGAAUAUCUAUGUGGGCUUGGAAAGCGCCAUUCACGAAUCCUUGGCGUUUAUGCUGAGCACUUCCGCAUAGCAGGCGCGGGAUUCGUGAAAACCCUUCGCGAUCGUUUCGGCUUCGACAUGACCAGAGAGCUGGAAGAUAUUUGGCUAAGAGUGUACCUCUAUUUGUCAAACACUAUGUUGCAGUUUGGAAUCGACCCAGUCAUUACGGAAACAUUAUCUUUCGACAUAGCUUUGGAGGCUCCUUCUAUUCUCGAAAUGGAGCCAAUGCAUAGUCCUGGGGCAUCAUAUUCUAGAAGCGAGUCUAAUUUAUCUUUCGAACCAGUCUCGUUGCGUUCUGGCAUCUCAUCACAACGGAGUAAUUAUAAUUAUACAACUUCAAGUGGUGGCCUUCGAUACAGUACUUCAACUUUAACAGGAACUUCAGCAAAAGAUAUCACCUCCAAAAAAACAAAUAGCUCGAGUAAAAGUAACAAAAGCUCGUCAAGUCCAAUACCAAAGUCAGUACGAGGUGGUGGAGGAUCGACGCUGAAACCAGGUGGAAAGUGGGUGCCCAUCAGCUCACUGCCAAGAAACACAUAUAACACCGUGAUUCUUGAAGAAAUCUCUCACAAAGGUGGGUCCGUUAGAGGCGGUGGUUCUUCCUAUAGACUUGUUCAUGUAGAUGUGUCACAAAGAGCAAAAUACGCAUCGCAAACGGGUCACGAGAAUCCAUCAAGUACAGCUAUAAUUCAAAGGCGACAGCAAGUGAUGAGGGAGCAUGCUGCUCGACCUGGAGGAGCUAGGGGUGGCGGGGGCGGAAACUGUACUAUAAUGUGA